AUGGCUGCAAAAGUAAAUAACUAUACUCUAAAUAUGUUUGCAGAAGAGGAUGAAACAUUGAAGGAUUAUGUAUUAUAUAGUCUGUACAAUUACACUUUUGAUAUGUCGUGUAAAGAUGAAGACGAGGCUGAAUUUACUUGCCCUUUACAGCAGUAUUAUGAUUUCAAGGAUAAGGAAAUUGAACAAUUUUAUAAAAAAUUUAUAGAUAAUUUACAUAAAAUAUCAAAAAAAAAUCAAUAUUUUAAUGGUUUAAAUGAUAAUGAUGAUAAAUUAUGUACUUAUCUAAAAUAUUGGUUUUAUGAAUAUAUAUUAAAUAAAGGUUAUGAAGCUUCUCAAAUAAAUAAGAUAUAUGAUGCAUGGUAUAAUUCAAAUAACACAUUUAUUGGGGUAAGUCCUUGUAAUAUACAUAGAUUAAAUUUAAAUCAAAUUCAAGAAAUAAAACGUAUUUAUGAUUAUUUUAUGUUAUACGACCGGAAUGAUAAAGAAAAAAUUUCAUCUGAUAAAAUAUUACAAACUAAAUAUUGUCAGUACUUUGAAAAUGCUCACAUUAUGUACCUCGCUAAAGAAGUUCAAUGCGAAAGAAAUACAGUAAGUCCAAUAUGUAAAGAAUUUAAUGAAUACCUUAAAAAGUAUAUAACAUAUAAUGAUGAAUUAUCAUUUUCAUGUGAAGUUGAAGAAAAAAAUGAUGAUUAUUUUUAUCACUCUGAUUUAGCAACAUGGAAACCAAAAGUAGAGGAAUAUUUUGAUGAACUUCAGAUCGAUACUUCGCAUGAAAAACCCCAUUUUUCAAUUAUUUCUGAAUUUGGGAAGAGGGCAAAAUAUGCUCCAUUAAAACAUAAUUUAUACCCUAAAAUACAAAGGAUAAAAGGUAUUUUUAUAAAUAAAUUUAGUGAAGCAAUCUCAGGACUUACAUAUUUGUAUGAAUCUCAAGACCUAAAUAAAUAUGACUCCAAAUUAAACAUAUUAUAUAAUUCGUACUAA